CCAUCCAUCUCCUCCUCUAUCCUCUUCCCUUCCCUUCCACACGAAGCCGCCGCCCGCCGGCCGGCCGCCCAGAACCAGAAAGCUCCUCCUCCUCCUCCUCCGCGCGCCAUCAGAUCUCCCAGUGCGGUAUGCAGUAUGGAUGCAGGCGCCCCGCCGUGUGGAAGAGAAGUUGGUCCCCGGCUGCCGCCGCCGCCACCAAGAACAAGGUCAUCGUCAUCUCAGGCCCCACCGGCGCCGGCAAGACCAGGCUCGCCUUGGACCUCGCCAAGAGGCUCUCCGGGGAGAUCAUCAGCGCCGACUCCGUCCAGGUCUACCGGGGCCUCGACGUCGGCUCCGCCAAGCCCUCCUCUUCCGACAGGGCCGCCGUGCCGCACCACCUCAUCGACAUCCUCCACGCCUCCGACGACUACUCCGCCGGGGACUUCUUCCACGACGCCCGCGCAGCAACCGACCACCUCCUCGCCCGAGCCCGCGUCCCCAUUGUCGCCGGAGGGACUGGCCUCUACCUCCGCUGGUACAUCUAUGGCAAGCCCAGUGUCCCGCAGUCUUCCAUGGACGUCACCUCCGCCGUCUGGUCCGAGCUCUCCCGCUUCCGGGACACCGGCCGCUGGGAAGAAGCCGUCGACCUGGUUGCCAACGCCGGCGACCCCAAAGCUCGGGACCUGUCAGUCAACAACUGGUCAAGGUUAAGGAGAAGCCUUGAGAUCAUCAGGUCUUCAGGCUCACCUCCCUCUGCCUUCUCCUUGCCCUACAAUGCUUACAAUCUCAAUCACCACCGUCGUCUCAGUCUCACCAACCAAGCCGAUCAACCCACGGAGCUGGAGCUGGACUACGACUUCCUCUGCAUCUUCCUCGCGUGCCCACGCGUUGAGCUCUACAGAUCAAUCGAUCUGAGGUGCGAAGAGAUGCUGGCCGACACAGGUGGCCUACUCUCUGAAGCCUCCUGGCUCCUCGACAUCGGCUUGAGUCCUGGCAUGAACUCGGCUACCUGCGCAAUCGGCUACAGGCAAGCCAUGGAGUACUUGCUUCAGUGUAGGCACAACGGAGGCAGCAGCUCCCCACAAGAGUUCUUGGAGUUCCUGACCAAGUUUCAGACUGCCUCCAGGAACUUCUCAAAGAGGCAGAUGACAUGGUUCCGCAACGAGAAGAUUUACCAGUGGGUUGAUGCCUCGCAGCCUUUCGACGCCAUUGCGCAGUUUAUCUGUGAUGCUUACCAUGACCGUGCUGCAAGGCUGGUUCCUGAUUCACUGGAAAUGAAGAGGGAGAGUUGCAGGCACGAGAGCCGUGAUCUCAAGACCUACCGUUCUGAGAACAGGGUGUUCCGUGGGGAUGAUGAUUGUUGCCACGUUUUGGAUUGGAUCACAAGGACACAGAGGAAGUGACCUCUACUGCUCUCUCUUGUUAUCUCUUUUUUUUCUUCCCCCUCUUUUCCCGCCAGGAAACUAUCCUGCUGCUGUGUUUGGAGAUGUUACAAUAGGAAAUUUCAGCCUUUUUUUGUCAGAAAAAUACAGAUACUUGUUUUGCAAAUGUUAUACCAAAAGUGUUUUCAACUUUGGAAUUCAAUGAAAAUUCACUAGUGUUUCUUCAGCAUAUUUCUGUCUGUAUUAACUCUAUGAAAAGAAGAUAUAUGACAUUACAGCUUAGAGGGUGUUUUGCUUGUGAAUGUGAGCAUGGAGUUUGCAUGGUCUGAAACUGAAGUUGGAAGCAUCACAAAUUUUGUGAGAUUCAGAGUACUAAACAGAUGGGAGACUUCACUUCACUUCACUUGCCGUGUUACCUGUAUCACUCUUGCUCGGUUGUGGACGCUGUUUGUCAACCUUCUUGUACUUGUGCUGCAGCACGGCAAUGUGGUUAAUACUAAUAUUUUUGUAUCUGAAA